CCUAAAGCAGGCCUCAUACCCGCUUCGUGGAAACGCCCCCUCCAUUACUCGACACGCUUCGAAGCCUCGUAACAUCACUAGUGGAUGGAAGUGAACCCACCUGAGCCAUGGCAGACUGGAAGAAAAAGAUAAACUACAACUACAACACUCCUUUUCAUGCCUACGCGUACGACAUAAUGUACCUGCCCGGGUCCGAGCAGAACCACAGCAACUUGACCAGCUGGGGCGAAGGCACAUUCAGCGACCUGAGCAACUACAACGCCGGGGUACCACCGGACUGGUACUCCGCCGCCAAGACCGAGGACGGGUCUGCGCCUCCCACCACGGAGCAGAAUGCCGUUAACGGUCACUGCCACUACCAGGGCUCCGGGGAUGUGUAUAUCGGGGAGUCCCAGACCGGCCGCGUGCUGCUGACCGGACCCCAGCAGGCUGCAGACGAAGCCCGGGAGAACGAAGUGGGACGGCCCGGGAGCGACACCAUUAGCGAUAUCGAGACGCACAAUUCACCAGAGUCCUGUAGCUCCAGCAGCAGCAGCAAGGAGGGGAGCCUCCCCCUGGCAGACCCUGCUACAUGGGUCAAGAAAGACCUUCUUGAGGAGGUCAGCAGAAAGGGCCCUGAUGCCAACAGGACCAUCUCCUGCUCCCUGAUAGAGGAGUCAAAAGUGUUGGCCACCACUGAAGGCGAGGGCACCAACGACGACACCUCUGCACCACCUUUAACCGACCCAAAGAAGCAAGACGCAGCCGGCGUAAACAAUCCUAAAGGAAGGGUCCGGACAGCCUUCUCAGAGAGACAAAUGAGCACACUUGUCCAGCGUUUCAAUUUGCAGAGGUACCUCACCCCGUCUGAGAUGAAGAGCCUGGCCGAGCUGACAGGCCUGACCUACAAACAGGUGAAGACUUGGUUUCAGAACCGAAGGAUGAAGCUGAGGAGACACCAGAAGGACACCACCUGGGCGUCGGAGCACCAUUCUGUCAAGGAAAACAUUUACUCCAACAUGCCCUCUCAUAAGCCACCAUAUCAGGGAGAGGCGCGCCCUCCGCUCAGGGAGCAUUUCAACCAGCAUAUGAUGGAGGCGACCUUCAAUAAGACUACUCCACAGAGCCUGCCCUUCUUUAUGGCUGCCAUGGGCUCUGCUGCUGGAUCUCCCUGGUAUCCCCCCUGGUCCUCUACAUCACCGCACGCCGCAGUGCCCAACAGGCCCCAGGUGACCGGCUGGUCCGUGCCACCAGGUGUCAGUCAUUAUGAUUACAACCCCGGCGCGUUCAACCUGGCCGGUGUCAACAUUGUGAACAACAUUGGGCACGGCCCAAGCUUUGAAAGCAAAGAUGGAGAGCCUAUUGGCCAGAGCACCAUGAAUACUGCUGCCAUGGUACACAACGGCGGCCUGUAGUCGAUGUUUGAGCUGAUCAUUUUAUGAGUUUUUUCAUAAAUGUUUUCUAAUGCCUGUGUUUUGAUUCUAUUAUGUGCCUUAUUCCUACAAGUGUUAAAGGGUUUUACUUUAUAUAUGCACCUUUUUAAUGUGUAUUGGUGUCUUCAUUGUGCCAAGUACUGAUUGAGAUCUGAUGUGGAGACAUUUCAAAGCAUUUGUUUUCUAUGAAUACAUAUUUGAUUUGGCAAAUUAAAAAAUUGUCUUUGUUGCAUUUAACAUAUAUAUUGCUUCAUAAUUUUCAUGUCUUCUGUAUAUAUCUACAGCAUAAAAAUAAAGAAAAAAACAUUGAAAG